AUGGAUGCCAAUGCUAACUCCAAAAGGCGAAAGAACUUGAGUUUGAAGAAAGGAUGUGAGGGAUGGGAGGCUGGGACGUCAGAAGCUUCAGGAUCAUCGUAUGCUGAGAUGAUCUCACAGCGCAAGUCCAUGAGCCCUCGGAGCAGCGGCAACUCACCGACGACAGGAUCGGCGAAGAAGAGGAGAUCGCGAGCGCCUAGCGCUGAUACUGACCUUCAGAAGGCCCUUGAGCUCUCUCGGCAAGAGUUCGAAAGGCAACAAGCGUCGCAAAGUGAAGACAAGGAGGCCGAGGAUGCCGGUAGGACAGCAGCGCCCAACGCUGCAUGCAACAAGCAGGUUGCAGCAGCUGGCAUCGAUCAGCCGAACCAUGUGGCUGAUGAGACGGGAGACACCAUCCCUGACUCAGAAGAAGACGAGAGUCCAGUCGAGUCCGAUGUACAUGUUGCAAACGAUGCUCUGCUCAAAGAGCCGCCAGCCGUGAGAACAAGCGAACAUGAUGUUUCUAACCCGAAAGUAGCCAAGAGACCUCGAGCAAAAGAAUCAAUUGAUGAAUCUAGCGAAGAGGACGCGACGGAAGAGGAGGAGGAGGAGGAGGAGGAGGAGGCGUCGGAAGACGACUAUGAGAUGUCUAGCGAUGAAGAUUUGAAGAGCAAGAAGGCACAACCGAAAGCAAAACAGCAGAUUACAAGGAACGUGCCCAAACGCAACGAUGCUGCGAGUAGACCUCGACCUGGAAGACCUUCGUCUCCCGUUGACACGUACUCCCCUCAGAGCGUGGUGCAGCAGUCGAAACCCAAGGCAGCCCUCUGUCCUCCUGCUACUUCUCAGUACUCUGGAGCUGUCGUUGCGUCGUUGCCACCCAAGGCUGGUAUGAUGAGGAACAACAUGAGCUCGGCAGUUGCUGGAGGAGGCGUUCGUCUGCUGACAAACAAUGCGGGAGUUCGUCGCCCCGGCCUCUCACGGUCCUCCAAGGUUCUGCCCCUCCAUGCCCGCCCGCACGUGUAA